UCCAGAGGCCCAAUCGACUGACCGUGCGCUGACAGCCCACCCCCAAAACUCUUUAAAAAGAAAGAAAGAAAAAGCUUGAGUGUGUCAGACGGUGAAGGGAGUGGGACAGCCGUGUGCCCCCUGUGUCCGCUCAACAUGUACAAAGUUUUAUCCCGUCUAAGUGGCCGCUGUGCAGCUUUAACGGGACAGUCCUGCAGUCGGCCUGGUUUGUCCAAAUUCCACUUGGCAAGUGGUGCAUUAUGUCAGAAAUCAGCCUUCAAAUACCCUUCCACAGACCUCCCAGACAUGCCCCCGUGCAAUUUCAAACCAGAGGAAUACAAGGGUAUGUCCAAAGAGCGCAUGAUGGAGAUCCGCAGGCAGUAUUGCAACCCUAUGACCAUGAAGAUUACCCUCUAUAAGAAACCAGUGUUCCUUCACCAGGGAUACAUGCAGUGGCUGUGGGAUGUAGAUGGGAGGCGAUAUCUGGAUCUGUUUGCUGGUGUGGCUACUGUCAGUGUGGGUCAUUGCCACCCGAAAGUAACGGCAGCAGCAGAGCAGCAGUUAAAGAGACUGUGGCAUACUACUAACAUCUACGUCUAUCCUCCUCUCCACGAGUACUGUGAGAAACUAGCUUCCUACUUCCCAGAUCCGCUUAAGGUGAUAUAUCUGACCAACAGCGGCUCAGAAGCCAAUGACCUGGCUAUGUUGAUGGCUCGACUUCACACAGGCAACUUUGACAUCAUCACUCUUAGAGGAUCAUACCAUGGUGGCAGCCCACAGACCAUGGGUCUCACUUCCAACGCAGCAUAUAAAUACCCCAUUGCCAAUGGUAUAGGCUGCACAAAUACCAUGUGUCCUGAUGUGUUCAGAGGCCCGUGGGGAGGGAGCCACUGCAGGGACUCUCCUGUGCAGACCAUCAGAGAAUGUAGCUGUGCCCAAGGUCAUUGCAUGGCAAAUGAACAAUACAUUGGACAGCUCGAAGAGACAUUUGCUACGAGUGUCCCAAGUCGAAUUGCUGCUUUCUUUGGAGAGCCAAUUCAGGGAGUCGGAGGCGCUGUGCAGUACCCUGAAAACUACCUCAAGGAGACUUACAAACUUGUAAGAGAGAGAGGAGGGGUCUGCAUUGCUGAUGAGGUCCAGACUGGAUUUGGCCGAACAGGAAGUCACUUUUGGGGUUUCCAAGGUCAUGACGUCAUUCCUGAUAUAAUUACAAUGGCAAAAGGCAUUGGUAAUGGAUUCCCAAUGGGAGCUGUUGUUACAACACCAGAAAUUGCAGCUUCAUUUGCCAAGGGAGUUCAUUUCAACACCUUUGGAGGAAAUCCUGUGGCUUGUGCUGUUGCUUCAGCAGUACUUGAUACUAUCAAAGAGGACGGCGCACAGCAGAUCAGUCUUAACGUGGGCACCUAUCUGCUGACAGAACUGGCAAAACUCAGAGACAAGUAUGAGAUUAUCGGUGAUGUGCGUGGAAAAGGCCUGCAGAUCGGCGUGGAAAUGGUCAAAGACAAGGCCAGCAGGGACCCGCUGUCUCCCGAGGCAAUGGGUGAGAUCUUUGAGGACGUCAAGGACAUGGGAGUCCUGAUAGGGAAAGGAGGACUCUACGGACAGACCUUCCGCAUCAAACCCCCCAUGUGCAUCACAAUGGAAGACGCUGAUUUCUUCCUGGCAGUUUUUAACAAGUCCAUCCACAAUUACAUGGAAAGAAGAUGAAAGUUAGAUGUAGGUCAGCUGGAUUGCUCAAUGCCAAGCAGCAAACCUGGAAACGCACUCAGCGGUGGAUUGCAUUUUUUGGACAUCUUUUAAAAUGUUAAAAGUAAUUUUCACCUUCUGAACCUUUGCAUAGCAAUUAUGAAACUAUGUUUAAAUAUGCUGUAAUUAGAAGUAUCAAUACACUUAACAUACAUAAGAAAAAGUAUUGUACAGUGCCUUUCUAACAACUGACUUGAAGUUAAUUUAGCUCUUUAUGGAUCUUCUUAAUCAUGCUUGGAUGUAACAUUGUGUCAUCAUUUUACAAUUUGUAAUUUCUCCACGCAAUGUAAUAAUAAUGAGUCUGUGAACUUGUGGAACAACCAUUUUUGCUAUUACACAUUGGUCACACUGCUCCCUGCAGGUAUAGGUUCUACUGUUCUACCUAUUUAUCUUUUCAAUCCCCAAAUGGGCAUGGCAUAAUUGCCAUUAUUGUCUGUAAACCCUGUAUAUGGGUUACCUAACUGAUAUAUCAUUAUUUUUAUUUUUUUUCAGCAGCUGCCCACUGAAAGGAAACCAGUUUAGGAUUCUUAGACUUAGACAGUUGCUCAUUUUGUGUUUAGGAUAAUUAAGGCUCCUGCCAGUGAAUGCGAUGGGUUGUAAUUUACCCCCAUAAUCUCGGGAACACACUACCUCAAACCCCCAUGGCUCUCAUCCACCUCCAACACAAGUGGCUUCCAGAAAAUCUGUUUAAGCAAUUACAGUUGUUGCAAUCUGUCCUUACACACAGAGUCUUAAGACUUCUGCCCCUUUGCUUGAUCAUAUCUGGAUAAUUUGUCUUCUCUAUCAAGUCUACCUGGUGUUGAUCAUUGCCUGCUGUCUGACUACAAGUAAAGCUGAACAUUUUACUUUA